CACUCCCUUGCGUGCCCUCAUGCUGAGGAGGAAAAGCCGGUAACCGGAGCAGCUCUGUGGAGGGAAACAUCUCAGCAAAGUUCCACCAAGAUGUCCUUUGUAUCUUAUGAUGAGUCCGAGGGAUCCAAGUUCCUCAGGAAGGCCAAGGAGAACCCGUUCGUCCCCGUCGGGAUGGCUGGGUUCUUUGCCAUUGUGGCCCACAGGCUGUAUAAGAUGAAGCACAGGGGCAGUAUGAAGAUGUCGGUGCACCUGAUCCACAUGCGUGUGGCAGCACAGGGCUUUGUGGUGGGAGCCAUGACCUUAGGUGUGGUGUACUCCAUGUAUAAGGAGUAUGUUCUGAAGCCGGCUGAAGCCCAGCGAGCACUGGAACAGAAAGCGCACGAGAACAACUGAUCACAGCAACAGCACCAAGACUGACUUUACUUUAAUUCAGUUUUAGUUUUGCACCCUGGUGUCCUGAAGAUAACUCACAUUCUUAUUCAGAUGUCACUUGGUUAUUUAUCUUUAGAAAAUAUAUAAUUUAUAGAGUUUAUAUUUUAUAAUACUUACAUUUCCAGAACCACAGGCCAGGACACACAAGUUAAACAUCAACAGGAGAGGUUACUGUUCUGUAAAGUACUGCACAUGGAUGUGGGGUGGGUCCAAGUUGCACAGUGGUGUGGAUUUAAUGAUGAUGGAGGUGUAGAGAUGCUCCAGGUGAAGCCGAAUGAGAACAGAAGAGUGAAAUGUUUUAUCUGAGUCUUCUCACCUGAAACGUGCCUCAAUUUCUGAACAAAAACAUUGCUGUGUGUUAUGAUAUCAUCAUUGUGUGUGUGUGUUCCACUGGCUCUGCCUUAAGAAACCAUCAGCAUCCAUCUGCAGUAACGUUCCUCUCAAGCCAUAGCACUUUUAAAGAACCCAGCUCUCGAAAAGCAAAACAUAAAAGCAUCACUGCUAGUCCUGAUUCAGCGUUCCUAAGUGUGUAUGUGUGAGAUUGAGAUGAAUAUUUUUGCUCAUUGUGUUUGUAUAUCCUGUUGGUUAAUGAGAAACUACUUUUAAGGAACAUUUGGAGAAUAAAAUACACCCUGUACACAUCUUUGCUAAUAAACUAUGAAUGGUUA